AUGAAUAUCAAUGAAAGGAAGAAUAUCAAUGAAAGGAGCGAGAAAAUAGAUUGGGGUGAUUCUCCAAAUUCAAACAAUAUAUCAAAUGAUUUUCUGUCCGAUCUUCUGCCACAUUAUGUCACUCCACGUCACAGGCGAAUGAAUACUAUUAUAGACAGUGAUUUCAAUGAUGUUAUUAUAGGUCAUAGGGCUCAAGAAACGAUUAAGUUGCGAAAAAACUUACUUUCUGGAGAAAGUAAUCUAAAUUAUCAACAAAUAAAUAUUGCGUCUAAGAAAUUUUCAUCUGACUCUAAGAACAAUCAAUCUAUUAAAUCAACGUGUAAAGUAACAAAGAGAAGAAAUUCACAGAAAGACAAGGUUUAUAAUGAAUUUGUUAUUCCGGAACUGCCUAACGGAAGACUGUUAGAAAUAAAGAUUCAUUCAAACUGGGGAGAUAAAUUUUUAGUUGGCUUAAAUGGUAUUGAACUUUUUGACGUGGAUGGUGAAUUGGUAAAUGCAGAGAAGAUAUGGUCAGAUACAGAAACAGGUGAUACGAAGCACAAUCGUGCUGAUAGCAUUGUGGAUGGCAUAGUUAGAACGAAGGAUGACAAACACACUUGGUGUGUACCGAUUCCGAACACAGCACCAAUUGUUCUCAGUGUACUUCUGGCUAAGUGUACCACGUUAGCUCUGCUAAGGGUUUGGAAUUACAACAAAUCCAGAAUUUAUUCCACCCGUGGUGUGCGUUUCGUUCAAAUUAAACUGGACGACCAAGUGAUAUUUCAAGGAGAAAUCGCGAGAUCCAGCGGGGAGCUCAAAGGCCUCCUGCCGACAUUCGGUGACACAAUUCUGUUCACAAAAGACCCGAAUGUAUUGGAACGGAUAAUGUUGAAUGACAAAAAUUUCCAAGCACUACUCAGAGAAAAUGAUCUCGUGAACGACUACUCCAGCAUUGUAGAAAAGCGACCUCCUACAGCUAACGAUAGUAAUAAUAUAAGUCCAACUACUGAGGAACCUACAAUAGUAGAAGAGAAGGAGAUCAAAUAUGUGGCUAAAGUGAUUAAGCUGACCUUAAUGUCGAAUUGGGGGCAGACGCAUCUUAUAGGAUUAACAGGAAUAGAGGUUUUCAAAUACAACCGUUCUGUACAAGUGCACAGCGCGUAUGCAUAUUCUGCAUAUAUAAGCGACGACAAAGUGGAGGAGUACGGCGGUCUAAUAGAUUGUAAAAGUCUCUUAAAUGGAAGUAACAUUACUACUAAUUUUGACGACAUGUGGUGCGCAAACUUCUCGCCCGGUUCCAAGUUUUGCCAUAUAGUUCUCGAGUUGAAAGAGCCUACUGAAAUUUCCAGUGUCCGCGUAUGGAACUAUAACGCGAACAUGGAGUUAUCAUACAUCGGUGCCAAGCACGUUCGCUUAUACUUGGAUGGUAAUCCUCUAAACUACCGACCUAUCCUCCUGCGAAGAGCGCCCGGUGACACAUGCUACGAUUAUGUGCAGCAACUUGAGCUUGCCACGAUUGACGACAGAUUAGACGACGCCCGGGACUCCGACAGUUUUCGAAUGGAUUGCCUGAUCUAUGGAAAUAAUGUAGACUUGGGCGCCCCGACUGGCUUUAUACUGCAGAUCAGCAUAUUUUCUACAUGGGGUGACCCGUACUACGUGGGGCUCACCGGAGUCGAACUAUACGAUCCACAUGGGAAUCUUAUACCAGUUACUGAGACAAACGUGUGCGCGCACCCAGCGAGCGUCAACGUACUGAACAGCCGAGAGCACGAUGUCCGCACGCCGGCGCGCCUCGUGGACGGACACAACUCAAGCGCCGCUGACGCCGCGCACUCGUGGCUCGCGCCCGUACUGCCUCGCACUCUCAACAGGGUAUUUUUCGUAUUCGACCUCCCAGUGUCUGUUUAUGGAAUGAAGAUAUGGAAUUAUGGGAAAACCCCAACGCGUGGUGUUAAGGAGUUUGGAAUUUUAAUGGACGACCUCCUGAUAUACAACGGAACACUAAACUGCGUGAGUGGCGCAGAGAUAACGCCGCAGUGGAUAUGUUUACGAGACGUAGAUGUCGAUACAAUGACGCCGAGUCCGUCGGACGCCAGUCACCGCUCGACGACAAGCGGUUCUCAGCAGAGCGCGGAUCCUCGAGGUCGUCCAUACACCAGCGUCUCACAUAACUCACAAAAGCGCGUGCGUUGA